AUGUCUGGACAGUCUAUCACGGAUCGGAUCGCUGCGGCUCAGCACAGCAUGACAGGGUCAGCUAUAAGCAAAGCCGUCUGCAAGGCCACGACGCAUGAAGUCAGCGGACCAAAGAAGAAACACCUUGACUGUAGGUUAAGUAGACCACCAGUGUCCCGCCGUUGCUACAUAUUUAGCAACAAAAGCAUUGGUAACAUUAAAUAUUCAAGACGACCUGUAUGUUCAUCAUGUUUGAUUGGCCAUUGGUGUAUUUUUAAUAGCAAGGUUUUUCGACAUUCUAUGAUAAUAGGCUAUGAAUAAUUGCGCGUCAUAGGCUUCAACAGCUCAUGUAGUCAAUCAUUAGUGUCAAUAUCCUACAGUAGGCUAUCGUGCUGUAGCCUAAACAUGAGACAAAUAGGUUAUUACUGAGUGUCAUACAGGAAAAUGCACACAUUGUGAUCAUAAAUAACCUAUUAACUUAUUCAUCAUUGUAUGAAAAAAUAAUGCAAUAAUUUCCCCUUUUAAUAGGACAAGCUAUGUAGCCUAAAAUUUUCGGCAGCUUAGGUUUAGAGGCAUAAUUUGAGUCCAUCUACCUACUAAUUCCUCUAUUUCCAACUGAGUUUUAGAUUAAAAUAAGUCUAAUUUAAGACUAAUACCUUAUUAAAAAUGGUAUUAUUCAGAAAUUAUUGCUGCCUUAAAGGUACAUUAUAUUGUGCUAUAUGAAGCCUUUGAGGUUUCUCAGCUACUUUAGUUUGUGAUGAGCUGGUGUCCAUGGGUCAUUCAUAUUAGUGCAAUGACAGCAGUGGCAUAGACAACCUUGAUCUCAACAUUUCUAUGUUUAUCUGUGUGUGGUGUGGAACUGGAGUGUUUAUUGGAUAGAAAGUAUUUUCUCCACGUUUAACUGCUGAUGAUUAGGUUAGGUGGCUUUCUACCCAAAUAAUUACUGGACACAAUCAAUAUUGUGUCCAGUCAAUCAAUUAAGCUCAAUCAGUCCUGUCCUGUCCAUAUACCCAGAGUGCUACUGGUUCAAUGGAACAAAAUCUGGUUGCCAGUCUGGUUAUUUAUUGGGAAGGAAUGCUUCAUAGUAGAAUUCUCUAUUUACCCAAUCUUUAUUGAAAGUAAUCAAUUGUGCAAAUUUGAGUGAUGUUAGUCAUUUUGAGUGGAAUUACAUAAGCUAAAAUCUUGUAGUCAUAAAAAUUACAAUUUCUGAGUGGCAUCUGAGAAGACUUGAAAUGGGACUUAAAUGUGAUAGCCUACUGCAAUUUAGUUCUUUAAAGAGUCUGUAAUGCUAUGGAUUAUCCUGAUGCCUCACAUAGUUCACAUUUUAGUCUUUGAGGAAAGUGGAAAAAUCCUGUGGGUAAGAAUGUAGGAAAUGUCCUUUUUAUAUUCUCUCGUAUGGUUUAGCAUAAGCUUAAACUCCUGGGAGGGAAAUCCCUCCUACAGUCAAAUGUCUAGAAGGACUACACAAUUAUAUUUGAGUUAUUUUGAUCACCGUCUGUUUUAGAAUCAGAUUUUCAGUUUUAAAAUGUUAAUUACUGGUUAGUCACUAAUUAAGGCAUAAUAAGUGAUAGUUAAUUCACUAGUUACAGGAUAUUUUUGAAGGGUGGGAGGUGCUGACCAUAGAUCCAAUUGCUGUUAGGAAUGUUCAGCAUGAGUUGAUCAACCUGUAGAUUAUAUAUAAAGCACUAUUCAUUGAAAGCACAAUCCAAUGUUCCCCGUGUUUUUGGUAGACCUGAUCCACUGCACCAAUGAGCUGAACGUGAGUGUCCCCCACCUGGCUGACACGUUGUUUGAGAGGACAGCCAACAACAGCUGGGUGGUGGUCUUCAAAUCCCUCAUCACCACACACCACCUCAUGAUGUACGGCAACGAGGUACGUAUCACACACACACACAGUUUUAACCUAACCUUAACCCCUAACCCUAAAACGAUACCUAACCCUAACUCCUAAACCUAACCGUAACCCUAAUUGUAACCCUAACCCUACACCUAACCUCUAAGCCUAAAAUAGCAUUUUUCCUCGUGGGGACCGGCAAGAUGUCCCCACUUGUCCGAUUCUUCCUUGUUUUAAAACACACAUACACUAGUAGCUGGGGGGGGUGGGAUUCAAGGCCUUCAUCAUCACACCACCUCAUGAUGUACGACAACGACUGGCUUCACUGUAGCUCAAUUGUUACUGGUAGAGCAUGACGCUUGCAAUGCCAGGAUAGUGGGUUCAAUUUCCGGGACCACCCGUAUGUGAAAUGUAUGCACGCGUGACUGUAAGUCACUUUGGUUAAAAGUGUCUGCUAAAUGGAAUAUACUGUAUUAUUACAUUAUUCACUGUUAAAGUCCUCUGGAAUUCAAACAUUUGAUUGAAUCUUUAUUUUUACUGGUUUUGACCCCACUCUGUAUUUUUUCACCAGCGAUUAAUCCAGUACCUGGCGUCCAGAAACACACUUUUUAACCUGAACAACUUCUUGGAUAAGGGGGCAUUACAAGGUACUGUUGGGAAUUUGUCAAUGCAAGUCAUUUCACACCAGAGACAUACUGUACAGAAGUCACAGGCACAAAAUACAUUAUAAUCGUGCAAUGCAUUAACAACAGUGUGCAGUACAAGAGUUCAAACUGUCGCUCUGAAUGCACUGCAGAGGUGUGGCUCUGUAAGCUGCCAGGUCAGCACUCUAAAUAUUAAUGUAAGUGCUCCCUCUCUGCCAGGUUAUGACAUGUCAACGUUCAUCAGACGCUACAGCCGCUAUCUGAAUGAGAAGGCCAUGUCCUACAGACUGGUGGCAGUGGACUUCACCAAGAUGAAGAGGGGGUAAGAUGGCCUGUAGUGGCCAGUGGGAAAACCUCCACAGUUUCACCCUGGGAUACAUCAUUUACCUCAGUGGCCAGGCCCUCCUCAAGAGGGAGAAACAGUGGCAAUAAUGGGGACGAGCCUUAAAUAGAUUCAAGGUAACCUAGCUAAACCAGUCACUUAUUUCAGCAGCCACUUUGGAUAAUGUGGGGAUUAUAUGAUUGACAUGGAGAUACUUCUGUCUGUUUGAGCAGUUGUGUGAUUCAUGCUGUAUGAACAUGUUAGUCAGUCACCACUUGUCCUGUUAAAGUGGUGCUGCGUGUCUCUUGCUGACAGGGUUGAUGGUAUGAUGCGAACCAUGACCGUUGACAAGCUGAUCAAGACUCUACCUAUCAUUCAGAAUCAGCUGGAUGCACUCCUGGACUUUCAGGUAGGCUGCAUGGUUGUGGUGUUGAGCAGUCCUUAAUAUGGGCUACAUGACGACAGUGAGCUAGCGGUCAGUAUGAACUCUCAAUGUCUCUUCAUCUGUUCUCUUCCCAGGCUAACGCUAAUGAACUGACCAAUGGCGUCAUCAACAGCGCCUUCAUGCUGCUCUUUAAAGACUCCAUCCGCCUCUUUGCUGCCUACAAUGAAGGAGUUAUCAACAUGCUGGGUAAGUACACUAUCUGUUAGUUAGAGGAGAACUAUGAUGUCACUAGGAUGUUUCUAUGAUGUCACUAGGAUGUCACUAGGAUGUUUCUAUGAUGUCACUAGGAUGUUUCUAGGAUGUCACUAGGAUGUUUCUAUGAUGUCACUAGGAUGUUUCUAUGAUGUCACUAGGAUGUUUGUAAAAUUAUCUAGAAAAGAACUAGCUAAAAUCCUUUGUCCCUUUUUGUUUUAUUCUUCGCUUAGUUAACGUAUCCUCUUUUUGUAUCCUAAAGAGAAAUAUUUUGACAUGAAGAAGAACCAAUGCAAAGACGCCCUGGAGAUCUAUCAGACGUUUCUCAACAGAAUGACCAAGCUGUCAGAGUUUCUCAAAGUUGCAGAGGUAAUGUUUUCCCUGUUUCGUUUGUGUUGAGGAAAGGAAGGUUUCCGGUAGAUCCAGCAGGAAGGUGGGGCUCUUCUCCCGGACCUCUGCUCCUCUCUCUCUUGCUCUCAGUGUGGUGGAGGCUUAUGCUGAGGUCAUGAAUGCAGAGGUUUGCCUAUUAGUAGGCAUAAAAACCUCAGUGAAGGCCCCUCCAUGUGCUGCCUGUUCUGAUGCCUGUUCUGAUGCCUGUACUGAUGCCUGUUCUGAUGCCUGUGUUGCAUGUCUUAUCAAGAGGUGUUUUCUUACGCUUCCCUUUCUCUCUUUUGCAAUGAUGAAUGUCUGCCGUUAUCCAAGUAAAGUACUACUUGAUGAAUGUCUGCUGUUAUCCAAGUAAAGUACUACUUGAUGAAUGUCUGCUGUUAUCCAAGUAAAGUACUACUUGCAAUUCAGAAGGCCAUAUUGCGAAGAUAAUUAGUAUCUCUUUUUAUAAUUUCUCGUGCAUUCUUUUAUUAAAAGGCUUUCUUGCUGUCUUUACUGAUUUGGUUACUAUUUGAGAAAGGUUUGGGGUGAUGGGGGUGGGGUUCUAUCCAAAAACUGGCUAACGUUGACUUUAAGGGCCCAUUCAUUUACUUGUCUAACAACGUGUUUGUCAUUUGUACCCAUUCUUUUUUCGUACAAAGUCAACAUUAGUUGUGUGUUUUCUUUUUGGAUGUUUCUCACCUUGCAGUCACAUGAGUAUUACAGCCCAAUGUACCCGGCCCACCUGUCAAUGGCAUUUCAGUGUGUUAACAUUCAUUUCAAACCAGUCUUCAGAUCCUUUGUGUGUGGGCAUGUCAAUUCCCCUGUUGUCUUUUUGUUGUUUUGUUUGUAGUCACUGCAUGGAGUAAUGGAUCAUUUGGUUUGAUUCUUCUUUCUCCCUCCUCCACACACCUACCCCUUUAUUCUGUGGUUGUUGGUUUUAUUUGUUUGUUUAUUAUGUUUGGUUUUUGCCCCCCCUCCCCUCCCCUCCCCUCCUUUUUUGUGACACAGCAAGUUGGAAUUGAUCAGGGUGACAUCCCAGAUCUCACACAGGUCAGUGGUACAUUUCAUCUCAAUAUCUCCCAUGUGGCUCCAUUCUAAACGCUUUCAUUCCCUACUCACCCUACAGGCUUCCACAAUCCCCUCUCAUUCUGAUGAACCUCCCUCUCUCUGGGGUAGAGAGGGGGCUACUUCCAAAAUGGGUUCCAAAUAUGUUACCCUUCCUAAUUUUGGCGAUUGUGCAAAACAUAAGACUUCCCUGGUCUUGCAGAUUUUAGGUAGACUGAUCAUUUAUUUUACUUAACUUUUAUACAUUUUAGUCAUAUAGCAGACGCUCUUAUCCAGAGCGACUUACAGUUAGUGCAUUCAUCUUAACAUAGCUAGGUGGGACAACCACAUAUCACAGGCAUAGAAAGUACAUUUCCCCUCAAUAACAGGGGGGCGGUGCAAGUGCUGGUGAAUAUAUUUUUUUGCUUUACCUUGAUUUUAGUAUUUUUUUCUAGUUAAAUCACAGUUUUAUCAAGUUAACCCACAAAAUACAUUGUUUGAUUUUGAAAUGACACUGAAAAGUCAGGCAAAUUCAGCCUCUGUCCUAGCAGAUAUGGGUGUAUGGGGCUUGCCCAUAUAAGCCUUUUGUACAUCAAGGUUUGACAUCCCUUAAUAGAAUAGCUUAACAGAGGAAUCAAGCUCUUGAUUUCUCAUACAGUUUAACUUUGUGUUGCCUCAAAAUGAACACUAUUGUAUGUAUUUUUCCUGAAAAGAUAUCCCAUCAAAAUAGCUGUGGGGAGAGCAGCGAAUGGUUUCUACCAAAUUGGUUUCUGCAAAUAUUACUUGCAAAGUGUACAUAAUGCCAUCCUAAGCACUGCAUAACAUCAGAUGUGAUGCUACAAACACUAGUUGAAGCUUUCUUCAAUGACAUUCAUGGUGUUUCCCUCCACAUAGGGAAAAAUAAACAUGAACAAAUGUUUCUGUCAACUGUUAUGUCAUGUUUGCAGUGCUUAUGAAGACCUUAUGUAUCCCUGUUCAACUAAAUAGUAGCCCAUGUCUUUACUGAGCUGUAGAUGGUUUUCUCUUUACUUUAAACGUUUAGUAUAUUCUAGAAUUCUCUAAAGAAGGAUAUCCAGAAUUAUAAUUAUUCACUUUUCCCCAAAAUAAGUAUAGAAGUAUGCAAGUUGCUGCAUGUGUUAAGAUUGUAUUCUGUAAUGAAAAGCAAGCCUCGGGUUGAAACGUGGGUAUGACAUGUGCAAAAUGAAUUUGCUCAUCCUUGAUAUCUUUAUAAAAGAUGCUAUUCAUUUGCCAAAUGUGUUUACCUAAUUUCCAUCAGAUGUUUUGCCUUUCUGUCACUUAAUUCGUUUGGCUUCCAAACCUUUUUGAAUUGGACACUAAGCUAAUGACAAAAUUAUAGCAUCCACUAAUAUUAUGUCUCCUCUAACCUGUAAAAUACAAUUUAUUAAAUGUAUAUAUUCAUGAAUGAAUAGUGACUCAAAUUAGUAUAUAAAAUGGAAUCCAUUGGUUAAUUGGCCGUUAUUGGACUGUGAUUUCUGUGUGUAGGGGCAUAUAUGCAUGGGCUGAGCUCCUUUCUGUAUGCCAACAGUCAGUGUGAUGUAUUCUGAACCCCUCAGGCCCAUACACUCUAAUGACUUCCCAGGCCUGUCAACUUGAUUGCAUGAGAGAGACUACUGAUCUGUGCAUGUCUGGCGUGAAGCCAAACCUAAUUAUACCAGAUAUAUUGAUAUGUAAAAAUACCUGCAAAUAUGGAGACUGUACUGAACAUGUAUAAGCUUAGGAUAAUGUGGCAUUUGGCUCUCUCUGUGUGUGUGUGUGUGUGGCUGUGCGUGCAAAAAUGUGUGCGCACUGCGCCUGUGUGUGUGUGUGUGUUUUCCCAAUUUUACUACACACUGCAGUCCUCCCUUAGUAAAGUAUUGUUGCUCCAUUCCUCCCACCCCCUUUCUCCAUCAGGCCCCAAGCAGCCUCCUGGAAGCCCUGGAGCAGCAUCUGUCCUCUCUGGAGGGGAGGAAAAUCAAGGAGCUCUCCACAGCCACCAGGUAUCACACACUGACACUAUGUUUCAGGCUUCGAGUCUCAAGGAGGCAUUUACACUGAAGCUGGCAUGUCAACACAUUUAUCACUCACUGAAGCAGGCAUGUCAACACAUGUAUCGCUCACUGAAGCUUUGGUAGAAUAUGAGGAUGAAUAUACACAUGCUCCACCAUUAGCUAGUAUGUGAUGUCUUGACAUCAACAGAAAUGUCACACUACUGCUGUGGUAUGCUUUAGAGUACCUGUCUUUUGCAAUACAAUUACGGCACAUGGUCAGGCACGUUAUUAGUGUUUUUCUGAUCCCAGUGGUUAGUCCCAGAGUGCUAUGUGUGACAGUUAGUGUGCAUGGUGGUCCCUGACAAGCGCUGUGUGGUGUCUCCAGAGCCAGCACCUUAUCCAGUGCUGUAUCAUCACUGUCCAGCACUGGCAUCUCCCUCAGCCUCAUGGAGCAGAAGGAGGACCAGAACAGCUUCCAGGUCAGACAGGGUCACUGCUACCACUCUAGAAUAACUUUCUUGAAUAGACCAUUACAAUGUAAAUGCAUUACUGUAUGAAUACUUAUAUAAAUUAGUAUAAGUUAUUAUAACGCUUAUACAUUUACAUAUUAUAAACACUUAAGUUAUAAAUUGUUCUAACUUUCACAUAAUGUACUCCUAUGUAGGCUAAUAAGGAAACAAAUGUAAAAACCCAGAUCCUGUUGUACUCUCUUUUCUCACAUGUAGAUUUCACUUCUGUGUGUCUGUCCCACAGGAUGAGGGAGCCAAGGUGAUUGACAUGCAGACGCCCACUGUCUCUCCCAGCGCCCAGUCAGUGGGCAGUGCCAACAGCAGCAGUGGGGCCACAGAACUCUUCUCCAACUCAUCUGUUGGAUCCGUUACAAAUAAGUAAGCAGACUUACUGUCUGAUAAUCGUUGUGUUUAAGACCUAUGGGUAUGUUUCACAGAGUUUGUUUUCUCUGUAUAACUACACUAUGUAUCUUAUUAAAAAUGGCAGCUAGCUAAAUCACUUCAUAGUGUAUUAGUUGGGUUAUUAGUGGAUAGGACAUGUGAGCCAAGUUCAAAUGGAGUCGAUACCUGAAUGGCAGUGUUCCAAGCGUUUGGACCUCUCUGCUCUAACUCGUGCUCUCUGUCUGUCUGUGUGUGUGGCCUGAAGGGGUCUGCUCUGCUGACCGUCUUUCUCCUCUGUCUCCCCAGCGUGCCAAACCUCACCAGCGACCUAUUCAACGUCCAGCCCGCCUUCAACCCUACCAUCCAGACCACACACACUGUACCGUCUAACAACAACGCCUGGGGAGGUGAGGCUCACAGAUUACACGUCCAUACAGUACAAACACACAUUGUAUACUCCUGAAGUCUUCCACAAAUUAUUUCAAGCUAACCAAGUCAGGCACAUUCUAACAGGUUGUGAUUGACAGAAUUCUGUCAAUUUAGGACCUGAAUUUAUGUUAAUUGAGUUUAAGUGGAAUUGACCCCAACCUUUGUUAGAAGAAGUGAAAUGUCCAGUUGUGUCCCUAAUGCAGUUUCCUCCUCUUUUGUCCUAUGAUGCCUAUCCCUGCUGGGUCCCUCUCUCUCUGAUCGGUGAGUUAACAUGGCUUGUAGCUUUCUACUGGACACCUGACAGGACUGAAAUAGCCUUACAAUAUGCCUGGGGCUAGGGCUAUUGACCUGUAGCCAGUCUCUCGCCUCUCGCCUCGCGCCUUCCUCCCUCUCCCUCUCUCCUCUCUCUCUCCGUCCUCUCUCUCCUCUCGGCCUCUCUCUCUCUCUCUCCUCUUCUCUCUCUCUCGCCUCUUUUUUUCUCGCCGUCUUCCCCUUCCCCCUCCUCUCUCUCUCGCCAAAAUCUCUCUCCUCGGGCCCCUUCUUCCGAAAGUCUUCUCUCUCGCCCAAAAUAUACUCUCUAGACUCUCCCCUCUCUCGCCAAGUAAUCUCUCCCCGCCUCUUCUCUCGCCCGUCUCUCUCUCUUUUUCUCCCCUUUUUCCCCUUUUCUCUUCUCUCUCGCCAGUCUCUCCUCUCUCUCUCUCGCCCCGUCUCCUUUUCUCUCCUCUCUCUCUUCCCCCAAAUCUCUCUCUCUUUUUCUUUCUUGCCAGUUCUCUUUCUCUCUCUCGCCCCUUUUCUCUCUCUCGCCAAAAUUUUCUCUUCUCUGCCAGUCUCUGCUUAUCUCUUUUCUUCUCUCUCUUCUUCUCUCUCUCUCUCCUUUUCGCCCGUCUCUCUUCCCCUUCUCUCUGCCAGUGCUCUCUCUUCUCUUCCCCCAAAUUUUAUCUCUAUUUCUCUCCGCCAAAUUAUCUUUCUCUAUUUUCGCCAAAAUUUCUCUCUCUUUCUUCGCCCAAAAUUUCUCUCUCCCCUUCGCCAGUCUUCUCUUUCUUCCCCGCCAAAAUUUUCCCCUCUCUCCCCUCUCUUUUCGCCAGUCUCUCUCUCUCUCUCUCUUUUUCUUCGCCAGUUCUCUCUCUCUCUCUCUCGCCAGUCUUUUCUCUUUCUCUUGCCGCCCUUCCUUUUCUCUUUUUCGCCCAAGGGGCUCUCUCUCUCUUCGCCAGUCUCUUUCCUCUCCUCGCCAAAUCUUUUCCUCUUUGCCAAACCCCUCUCUAUCUCUCUUGCCCAAAUCUUUCUCUCUCUCUCUCUCUCUCCCAAGGGUUUUCCCCUUUUCUUCGGCCAGUCUCUCCCCCUCCUCUCGCCCGUUUCCUCGCCAUUCUCUUCCUCUCUCGAAAGUCUCUUUCUCUUUUCUCUUUUCUCGCCCCAAAAAUCCUCUUCUCUCUCGGGCCCGUCAUCUUUGCCCCCCGUCCCUAUUCUCUUCUCUCCCUCCUUUUCUCUCUCGCCCCCAAAUUCUUCUUUUCGCCCCAGUUCUCUCUUUUCCCCUUUUCUCUCUCUCUCUUCCCCAAAAAGUCUUAUCUCUCUCUCUCCUUUGCAGUUUUUUUUCCCCUCUCUCUCGCCAGUCUCUCUCUCCCUUUUCCCCCCAGUCUUUUCUCGAAAAAGUUCUCUCCCCUCUCUUCGCCAGGCUCCCCCUCUUUCCCCCUCUCUGCCAGUUUCUCUCUCUCGCUCUCUCUCGCCCCGUUCUCUUUUCUGAUCUCUCCCCCAGUAUUCCCCUCUCGCUCUCCUUUGGGCCAAAUUUUCCUCUCCGCUCUCUCCGCCAGUCGCUCUCUUCUUCGCCCGCCCGUCGCCCCUCCCCCCUUUCCCCUCUCUCUCACCAGUUCCCCUCUUUCGCCCGGUUUUUAAAACUCUCUCGCCAGUUUUCUCUCUCUCUCUCCCAAUAGUCUCUCUCUCCGUCUCUCUUUCUCUCUUUCGGGCCCGUCUCUCCCCUCGCCAAGGGCUCUCCUCUUUUUCUUUUCUUUUUCUCUCUCUUCUCUCUCUCUCUUUUUCGCCAUCUUCUCUCUCUCUCGCCCAAGUCUCUCUCUCUUCUAUCGCCAAAUCUCUCUCUCUCUCUUCCCCCAAAGUCUCUCUCUCUCUCUUCGCCAGCUCUUUUUCGUAUCGCCAGUCUUCUUUCUCCUCCGCUCUGCCAAAAUCUCUCUCUUUUCGCAAGUCUCUCCCCCUUCUCUCUCUCUCGGGCCCAAAAUUCUCUCUCUUCUUCUGAAAAGGCUUUUUCUCUUUUCUCCCCCCGCCGGGCUCUCUCCUCUCUCUUCUGCCAGUUCCUCUCUCUCUUGCUCUCUUCUCGCCCGUUUUUCUCUCUCUUUUCCCAGUCUCUCCUCUCUCUGCCCGUCUCUCUUUCUUCUGCCCCGUUCUCUCUCUCUUUUCUCGCAAAAUCUCCUCUCGCCAGCUUUCCUCUCUUUUCGCCCCGUCCCCCUUCGCCAGCUCUUUCUUCUCUCUCCUCUCCCCUCUCUCUCUCGCCAGUCCCUCUCUCUCUCUCUCGCCCCGUCUCUCUCUCUCCCAGGAGUCUUUUUCCUCUUCCCCCAGUCUCCUUCUCGCCACCCCAAAUCUCUUUUCUCCCUCUCUCCUCUCUCGCCCCGUCUCUCCUCCUCUCUCGGGCCAAAUCUCUCCUCUCGCCCGUCUCUCGCUCUCUUCUCCGCCAGUCUCUCUCUCGGCCAGUCUCUCUCCCCUCUCUCCGGCCCCGUUUUCCUCUCCCCCCUCUCUCGCCAAAUCUUCUCUCCCUUCUUGGAGUCUCUCUCUCGCUCUCUCUCGCCAGUCCUUUUUCUCGCUCUCUCUGCCAAAUCUUCUCUCUCGGGUCUCUCUCGAGUCCUUUUCUUCGCUCUCUCUUUGCCAGUCUCUCCUUUUCGCUCUCUCCCAGUUCUUCUUGGGUCUUAUCGGCCAGCUUCUCUCUCGGGUUUCUUCGCCAAGGUUCUCUCUCGCCGUCUCUCUCUCUCGCCAGUCGCUCCCCUUUUCUCUCGCCAGUCGCUUCGGGCCCUCUCUCUUUUUCCUCUUCUCUCAUCGCCCAAUCUCUUCUCUCUCGCCAAAUUUCUCUUCCCCAGUCUUCUCUCUCUGGGCCCCAGUCCCUCUUCUCUCUCGCCCGUCUCUCUUCUCCUUUUGCCAAGUCUUUCUCUCUCUCGCCAGGUUUCUUCUCUCGCCAGUCUUCUCUCUCUCUCGCCAGUCUCUCUUUUUUUUCGCCAUCUCUCCUCUUCGCCCUUUGCCAAAUCUUUCGCUCCACAGUCCUCUCUCUCUUUCCCCUCGCCCCCGUUUCUCUUUUCUCUCCGGCCGUUCUGCUCUCGCCAGUCUCUCUCUCUCGCCGGCUCUCCUUUGCAAGUUUCCCCUUUUUCCCCUCCGUCUCUCUUCUCUCCAGUCUCUCUUUUCUCUAUUUGCCAGUUCUCCCCUUUUCUCUUCGCCAGUCUUUCUUUGCCCAAAUCUCUCUCUCUCUCUCCCCCAGUUAAUCUUUUCUCGCCCCCGUCUCUCUCUUUUCUCUCUCGCCCAGUCUUUUCUUCCCAGUCUUCUCUUCUCUCUUUUGGGCCAAAUCUCUCUCGGGCCCGUCUCUUUUCUCUGCCAGUUUUCUCUCUCUCCGCCAAAUUCUCUCUCUCGCCCCGUCUCUCUCUCCCUCUCUUUGGGCCGUUUCUCUUCUCUCUCUCGAAAAUUUUUCUCUUCCUCUUUUCCCCCAGGCUCUUCCUCAUUUCCCCGCCGGGCUCUUUUUUCUCUUCGAAAAGGUUCUCUCUUCUUCUCUCGCCGGUUCUUCUCUUCCCCCUUCGCCCGGCCUCUCUCCCCCCAGUCUCUCUCUCCUCGCCAGUCUCUCUCUCUUCGCCCAAAUCCUCUCUCUCUUCGCCGUCUCUCUCUCUCUUCGCCAGUCUCUUCUUCUUUCCCCAAAUCCCCUCUCCUCCUUUUCCCCCAGUUUUAGCUUCUCUCUUUGCCAGUCUCGCUAUCUCUCUCGACCGUCCUUCUCUCGUUCUCUCUGUUCUCUCUCUCUUGGGCCCGUCCUCUCCUCUCUCCCCAGUUCGCUCCCCCUCUCGCCAGGUUUUCGCUCUCCCCCUCGACAGUCUUUUCUCUGGGGUUUUCUCUCUCUCGCCAAAUUCUUUUUUCCCCGCAGUUUUAUCUCUUCGGCCCGUUCUCUCCCCUCUUAGCCCGGGCUCUCUUUCUCUCGGGCCCGUCUUCUCUCUUUGCCAGUCUCUUCUUUCUCUCCGGGCCCCGGGCUCGCUCUUCUCUCGCCAGGGUCUCCUUUUCCUGCCCCGUCUUCUCUCUCUUUUCGAAAGGGCUCCCCUCUCUUUGCCAAGGGGGCUUCUUUCUCUUCGCCAGUUUUUCGCUCUCUCUCCCCGCCAGUCUCUCGCUUUUCUCUCUCCCUUUCUCCCCGUCUCUCUCUUCUCGCCAAAAUCUCUCUCGCCCCCGUUUUUUCUCUCUCGGGGAGUCUCUUUUCCCCCUCGAAGGGGGUCUAUUUUUUUCUCGCCCGGGCUCUAUUUUCUCUUGCAAACUCUCUCUCUCUCGCCCCGUCUUCUUUCUCGCCCAGGUUUUCUCUCUCUAGAAAACGUAUUUCUUUUCUCUCUUCUUCUUCUCUCGCCAGUUUUCUCUCUUCUUUCGCCAAGUUUUAUUCCCCUCUUCCCCUUUUCUCUCUCUUUUAAACCAAAACCAAAACAAAAUCUCUCUCUCUCUCUUCUUGCCAAACUCCUCUCGAAAGUUCUCUCUGCCAGUUCUCUCUCUGGGCCCGUCUCUCCCCUCGCCAGUUCCCCCCCUCUUUUCCUCACCCCCCCAGUUUUCCCCUCUCUAUUUUCCCCGCCCGUCUUCCCCCUCUCCCUCUCUCGGGCCCGUCUUCUCUUCUUCUCCCUUUGCCCGUCUCUCUCCUCUUCUUAGCCAAAAUCUCUUCUCUUCUCUCUCUUGCCCAGUCUCUCUCCUUCUCGCCCAAAUCUUUUCUUCUCUCCUCUCUUUUCGCCCAAAUCUCUCUCUCUGCCCCGUCUCUCUCUCUUCCUCUCGCCAGUUCUCUCUCCGCCCCAAAAUUCUCUCCUUUUUCUCUCUCUCUGCCAGUCCUCUCUCUCUCUCUCGCCGGUCCCCUUCUCGCCAAAGUCUUUCUCUUCUUUGCCAGUCCCUCUCGCCCCCUCUAUCUAUUAUCCUCUCUUCCCUCUCCCCUUUUUCUCGCCCCGUCUCCUCUCUCUUCUCGCCAAAUUUUCUCUCUCUUCUGCCCCGUCUCUUCCCCUCUCUCGCCCGUCUAUCUCUCUUUUCGCCCCGUCUCUUUUCUCUCUCUCGGGAAAAAUCUCUCUUUCUCUUCGCCAGUUCCUAUCUCUUCUCUCGCCCCGUUUUCUCCCCCCUUUUCUCGCCGUCUCUCUCUCCCUCCCUUUGCCGUCCCCUUCUCCUCUCUUUUUUUCGCCAGUCCUCGUCUCUCCGCCAGUCACUUCUCUCUCGCUCCUUUUCGGGGAGUUUUCUCCUUUGCCCCUCUCGCACAGUUUUUCUCUCUCUCGCUCUCUCUCGCCCCCUCUCUCUCCGGGUUUUUCUCUCACCAGUCGCUUCUCUCUCUUCGCCUUUUCUAUCUCUUUCUCGCCAAGGGUUUUUCUCUCACCCCGUCUCUCUUCAAAAGUCUUAUCUUCUCUCGCCAGUUUUAUUUUCUUCCCCCAAAUCUCUUUUCUCUCCUCGCCAGUCCUUUCUCGCCCGUCUCUCCUUUCGCCAGCUCUUCUCUCUCUCGCCAGGCUUCUUCUCUCUGCCCCGUUCCUUUUCUCUCUCUCGGGAAGUCUCCCCUUUUUCCCCUUCCCCCCGUUUUUUCUCCCCGCCCGUCUCUCUCUUCUCUCGCCCGUCUCUUUUUCUUCGCAAAUAUCUUCCCCUCUCUCUCAACCCGUCUUUCUCCUCUCGCCAGUUUCUCUCUGCCAGGGCUCUCUCUCUCGCCCGGUUUUUCUCUCUCUCGCCCCCUCUCCUCUCUCUCGCCCCAAAUCUCUCUCUCUCGCCCGUUUCUUUCUCUCGCCAAAUCUCCCUUCUCUCCCCCGUCUUGUCAUUCUCUUCUUCGCCCCGUUUCUCUCUCUCUCCGGGCCCCCCGUCUCUCUAUCUCUUCGCCCCGGGCUUCUUCUGCCGUUUUCCCUAUCUCUACGCCAGUCUUUUCUUCUCUCUUCCCCCAGGCUCUUCUCUCUCCCCUUUGCCAGUCUCUCCCCUUCUUUCGCCAGGUUUUUCCCCUCUCGCCAAACAGUCUCUCUCUUUUGCCAGUCUCUCUCCUCCUCGCCAGGGCUCUUCUUCGCUUUCGCCAGUUUUAUCUUUUCUUCUUUUAUUCCCCCCAGUCUUUUCGCUUUUCGGCCCGCUCUUUUCUUCGCCCGGGGCUCUCUCUCUCCUCUCUCUCUCUCUCGCCGUCUCUCGCUCCGCCAAGGGUCUUCUCUCUUCGCCAGUCUCUCUCUCUCUUCUCUCUCGCCCUUUUCCUUUUCGGGAAAAAACUCUCUCUCUCCCGCCAAGGGCUUUUCUCUCUCUCUCUCGCCCGUUCCCCUCUUUGCCAGCUUUUUCGCCAGGGCUCUUUUCUUCUCCCCCAGUCUUUCUCUCUCUUUUCCGCCAGGGCCUUUUUUUCCUCUCGCCCGUCCUCUCUCCCCCGCCAGUCUUCCUUUUCUCGCCAAAUCUCUCUCUCUCUCUCGCCCAAAAAUUUCUCUUUGACAGUCUUCGCCAGUUCUGCUAUCCUCUCUCUCUCGCCAGUCUCUCUUCUCUCUCGCCAGUCUCUCUCUCUCUCUCUUCGCCAGUCUCUCUCUCUCUCUCUCUCGCCAGUCUCUCUCUCUCUCUCGCCAGUCUCUCUCUCUCUCUCUUCGCCAGUCUCUUCUCUCUCGCCAGUCUCUCUCUCGUCUCUCUCGCCAGUUCUCUCUCUCUCUCUCGCAGUCUCUCUCUCUCGCUCGCCAGUCUCUCUCUCUCUCUCGCCAGUCUCUCUCUCUCGCUCGCCAGUCUCUCUCUCUCGCUCGCCAGUCUCUCUCUCUCGCUCGCCAGUCUCUCUCUCGCUCGCCAGUCUCUCUCUUCGCUCGCCAGUCUCUCUCUCGUCGCCAGUUCUCUCUCCUCGCCAGUUCUCUCUCUCUCUCGCCAGUCUCUCUCUCCGUCUCGCCAGUCUCUCUCUCUGCUCGCCAGUCUCUCUCUCUCGCUCGCCAGUCUCUCUCUCCGCUCGCCAGUCUCUCUCUCUCGCUCGCCAGUCUCUCCUCUCGCUCUCUCUCUCUUGCCAGUCUCUCUCUCUCUCUCUCGCCAGUCUCUCUCUCUCUCUCUCGCCAGUCUCUCUCUCUCUCUCUCGCCAGUCUCUCUCUCUCUCUCUCGCCAGUCUCUCUCUCUCUCUCGCCAGUCUCUCUCUCUCUCUCUGCCAGUCUCUCUCUCUCGCCAGUCUCUCUCCUCUCUCGCCAGUCUCUUCUCUCUUCUCGCCAGUCUCUCUCUCUCUCGCCAGUAUCUCUCUCUCUCUCCGCCAGUCUCUCUCUCUCUCUUGCCAGUCUCUCUCUCUCUCUCUCGCCAGUCUCGCUCUCUCUCUCGCCAGUCUCGCUCUCUCUCUCGCCAGUCUCGCUCUCUCUCGCCAGUCUCGCUCUCUCUCUCGCCAGUCUCUCGCUCUCUCUCUCGACAGUCUCUCUCUCGUCUCUCUCUCUCUCGCCAGUCUCUCUCGCCAGUCUCUCUCUCGCUCGCCAGUCUCUCUCUCUCUCUCGCCAGUCUCUCUCUCUCUCUCUCACUCUCGCCAGUCUCUCUCUCUCUCGCCAGUCUCUCUCUCGCCAGUCUCUCUCUCUCUCUCUCUCUCUCUCGCCAGUCUCUCUCUCUCGCCAGUCUCUCUCUCUCUCGCCAGUCUCUCUCUCUCUCGCCAGUCUCUCUCUCUCUCUCGCCAGUCUCUUUCUCUCUCGCCAGUCUCUCUCUCUCUCUCGCCAGUCUCUCUCUCUCUCUGUAGCCACACUCUCUCUUGCCAGUCUCUCUUUCACUGUAGCCAGACUCGCUCUCUCUCUCCCUCCUUGUGAGAACGGACUUUCUGACCCUCUUUCUGUGACCUGACUCUCUCCCUGUAUGUCUCUGUCCUCAGGUUUGGGGCUCCCAGGGGAUCUUCUGAAGCCAGCUCAGCCCACACACAUCCACUCCCACAGCCCUGGGAUACCGCUGCACUCUGGGGGGAAGAUGAUACCCACUGACCUGGACUCCUCCUCCUUAGCCAACCUCGUUGGUAGUGAGUCUCUCUCUCUUUUACUUGUAGCUUUGCAUAUUCCUUUUUCAGUAGUAAUAAAAUGAUCAUAUGUAAAAAUGUAAAAAAAUAUAUGGUCUGCAAUAGCAUCUGAACAUGUAACAUAUCUUAAUCGCUCAUUUUCCAGACUUGCAGUUUGGAGAAACACCAGCCAAAAAGUGAGUAUAUACUAUUUGAAAAGGAGCGAUGAGCAAAGUAUCUACAGUAUAUUAUUGGAUCUACAGUAUAAUAUUGGAUCCCUAUUUAGUUAUUCAUCCACAAGCAUUUAUGAAUCCCGAUCUGAUGAGUGUAGUGUACUUGCCCCCCCCCCCCCCUCUCACCCCCGUUUGUCCCUCAGGCCAGAGCUUCAGUGGACCCAACUGGUAGAGAAGAAGCCCACAGUGGGGACUCACUGGCAGGCCAAAACCAUGUGCACCACCCCCAACUGGAACCACCACGCACUCAUGGCUCCUCAAGCUAUGCCCAUACCACAGAUGGUGAGAGAUAUUAUAUGCCAUUUAGCAGACACUUUUAUACAAAGAGACAUUAGUCAUGCUGUAUGGGUGGCCCCAGUGGGAAUCGAACACAGGAUCCUGGCGAUGCAAGAGUCUCCUGCUUACACUCACCAAAUAUAAUAUUAAGGACAAGCCAGCAAUGCAAAAGGUGGCUUUGAUAUUAGAUGUACUCUUUCCUUAUGGAAUCUAGCAGCACACAGACACUCUGGGAUUCUGCUGCAAAUCCCAUCUUUCAAAAUGGAAGGGGUUAUUGCAGCUCUUCUCGGGCGCUGGCGAUUAUCGUUUGCCCUCUGCAUAUUUCAAUACGUUUGCACUCUAAUUAUCUCUCUCCUCUUUUCAUUUUGUGUUUCAUCCAUCUUCUCUUUUAAUUUUCCACUCAAUUAUCCACCACACCAUCCAUUCGCAUCUACAUUUCCCCCUAUUCCUGCUCCUUUCUUCAACCCUCAUGCUGCAGAAUGGAAUGAUAUAUACUGGCUAUGUAAGUACAUUAAUAUCUGUAGAGGGAGUCACAGCAUUUACCUGAAGUGCAUUCCUCAGUGUGCUCUUCUAGUCUUCCAUUGUUCCAUUUCAUCCUUUCUCUCCAUAGGCUCCAGCUCCAGUGGCUUUUCCCAUGACGACACCUCAACUGCCUGUUUAUGGAAUGGUAAGGAAUGAUCGGGGGGACGACGGGGGGGAUCUGCACACCAAGACCAUUGAUCCUCAGGUGACAUUUCAUCUUUCUCCCCCGUCGUAGAUGCCUCAUCAGAUGGGGCAGAUGGGUGGAGUCCCUAUGAUGGCACCACAGUCUAUGAUGUACAACCAGCCUGUCCUUCGGCACACCAAUCCAUUCGCCCCCAUGCCAGGAGCCCAG